AUGUCCGGGCUUGGUUCCCGGCUCUGGGGUCGUCAUCCAGUGGGAUGGAGCGCGGGCGUGAUGCGGCGGCGGAGAUGGCAGCACCGCUCGGCCAUCGAGGUGACCAACGAGCCGAUCCUCGAGUUUAAGCCAGGGAGCCCAGAGCGAGCGGCGCUUCAGAAGGCCCUCGCCGACCUGAAGGGCAAGACAGAAGCCAUCCCCUGCGUGAUCGGGGGAGAGGAGGUGUGGACGCCCACAGUGCGGUACCAGCUGUCGCCAUUUAAUCAUGCACACAAAGUGGCCAAGUACUGCUAUGCCGACAAGGAGCUCAUUAACAAAGCCAUUAACGCUGCCUUGGCAGCAAGGAAGGAAUGGGACCUGAAACCUGUCCAGGACCGAGCCCAGAUCUUCCUGAAGGCAGCUGACAUGCUGAGCGGCCCGAGGCGAGCAGAAGUGCUGGCCAAAACCAUGGUUGGGCAGGGUAAAACGGUGAUCCAGGCGGAAAUCGAUGCUGCCGCGGAGCUGAUCGACUUCUUCCGAUUCAAUGCCAAGUACGCCCUGGAGCUGGAGAACAGCCAGCCCAUCAGCGUGGACGUCAGCACCAACAGCAUGGUCUACCGAGGGCUGGAGGGUUUCGUGGCAGCCGUCUCUCCCUUCAACUUCACAGCCAUCGGUGGCAAUCUGGCAGGAGCUCCGGCGUUGAUGGGAAACGUGGUGCUGUGGAAGCCCAGCGACACUGCCCUGCUCGCCAGCUACGCCGUCUACAAGAUCCUCCUCGAAGCCGGGCUCCCUCCGAACGUCGUGCAGUUCGUGCCGGCGGACGGUCCCAUGUUUGGAGACGCCGUCACCGGCUCCGAGCACUUCUGCGGGCUCAAUUUCACCGGCAGUGUGCCGACUUUCAAGCGUCUCUGGAAGCAGGUAUCCGAAAACCUGGAUCGCUACCGCAAUUUCCCUCGCCUGGCUGGAGAGUGCGGCGGGAAGAACUUCCACCUGGUGCACAGCUCGGCCGACGUGGCCAGCGUGGUGAACGGGACCCUGCGCUCGUCUUUUGCGCGGAUAAAGAGGUGGAUCGAGCACGCCAAGAAGUCGUCCAGCCUCACCGUCCUGGCGGGAGGGGGGCGGGGGCGACUGCUUCAUGUUUUCUUUGCUACACAGGAGAUUUUUGGCCCGGUCCUCACGGUGUACGUCUACCCGGAGCAGCGGUACAAGGAGGUGCUGGAGCUCAUCGACACCACAACGCCCUACGGCCUCACGGGGGCAAUCUUCGCCCAGGAGAAGAGGAUCAUCGAGGAAGCCCGGAGCCUUCUGCGCAACGCCGCUGGCAAUUUCUACAUCAACGACAAGUCGACAGGCGCCGUCGUGGCUCAGCAGCCCUUCGGAGGCUCCCGCAUCUCGGGCACCAACGACAAACCAGGUGGCCCCCACUACCUCCUGCGCUGGACGUCUCCCCAGGCCGUCAAGGAAACGCACGUGCCCCUGACGGACUGGCGCUACGCCUACAUGCAGUGA